AUGUCAGUAACAAAAAAAAUCAAAACCACCAAUAAGUCCCAGUACUGCCCGAAAAGCCCCCGCGCCCCCACUAGUAGGCGCGCCCAGGAGGACUUGGAAAAGGCGCGCCUUGGCGCCCUCAGCUCAAAGGUGGCGCCGCCAACCCUACUCUACCACCUUGAAAAUCCACAACUUGAACCCUCGAUUUCAGGACCCCCAAGAGCCCCUCUUGGACCCCAGGACGUUGGAUUUUUGGCUGAUCGCCGGUUUUUACGCUUGGAUCGUCGCCGGCCCCUCGGAACUAGCCUAGAACCAUUGGAUCUCACUCGGAACAAUCGGAUACAACCCCAACCCCUCCCACACCCCUCCAACCGCCUCAGAUUGCCGUCAGACGACCCAAAUCGACCGGAUCAUCGUCGGACGACCCAGCCUGACCACCAGCAGCCCCGGAGCGCCGCAGAAGGCCCCAGGACCCCUCGGAACGCUCGGGACGGGCCCAGGCACCUCCCACCAGUGACCCUUACGACCUUGAACCAAUACCAGAAACCCUACACCAAUUCAAUUUUACCGGAGGUCGAGCUGCGCCAAGUAACGACCAUCAAGCGUGUUCAGCCCGAGCCUGUCACACCGGCUAGCUUGUCGCGUUCCACAUCCAGCAAAAGUACUACUCGGCGGUCCACUGUCUCUGCCUCUCAGCACGUGGUUUAUGACCCGACAGAAUCUGUGGGUCUUUAUUCAGGAAUGCGAUUGAUACGGUAUGACAUUGUCUGUGUCACAGACAAAGAUACGAUCGUGAAUGUGGAGAUGCAAAUGGUUACAGAGAGAUACUCUCUCAAUCAAAUGGUCUACUACUCCGCAAGGCUUAUUACGGAGAAGCGAGGUUGGUCAGGCAGUCAAAUUCCGCCCAACUUGUUUGAACAAAAUGUUGAAAAAGAUCUCAGCCUCAAAUUAAAGAAGAGUCGACAGGAGUGUACUUCAAAAAAGAGGAACAAUCAACUGCAACCAGUCUAUGUGGUUGCCAUUUGUGACUUCUCCUUGAAGUGCCUUCCAGGAGUCCCGCCCGAACUACGGCCAGCGUGGUUGUGCUGGGCGGCCACUUUCUUUCAGGGAAGCAAAUGUCGCGUAUAUCCGGACGCAACUCUACCGGCUUUUUUACCAUUUGACCACAUCCAACAUUACUGCAUUGUCUCCCUUCCAAACUUUGGGAUCCCUGCGGAUGCUUGCAAAACACCGUUGGAACAGAUGGUCUGGCUCCUCCGUCAUCUCGGCUUAGAAGGUCAUACAAUUCCAGACUGGGUGGCAGAGAGUGAAGAUCUUAAACAUUUCAUUGAAACGAUCCGUCUGGCGGCGCUUUCGGACACGGACCGCGAUGCCUACCAGGACGAGUUGACACAAUUGCAGGUUUACGAAAACACUAGGUUGUUAGCCAUCGAGAAAGCCAAGGACGAGGGUCGAGAAGAGGGUCGAGAAGAGGGUCGAGAAGAGGGUCGAGAAGAGGGUCGAGAAGAGGGUCGAGAAGAAGGUCGAGAAGAGGGCCGACAACAAAAACAAAAGCUCCUCACUACGCUUCAAAACAUGAACUCAGCUGACCAAGAAGCUUACAUUGAGAGACAAAUUAAAGAAUUUUGUUGAUAUCAAAUUAGGAGUCGGAAACGUGAUCACCAACCUUAUAAGUUCCCCAGAUCGAUGAGAAUCAUCUGUUUUGCUUCUUCAACGACCGAUGAGGUUUCCUUUUUCUUUUCUUUGUCGGAAUUAUCUCAGAUUAUGUGCACCUCAUUAGAUCCAUUGGCAAUCAAGAGUAUCAUUUUCUCUUAAGCACCUUAAAAGCCAAAAAUCAGCAUUACUUUCAAUCCUCUCUUUCAAAUAGUUUGUCUUGGAACGGAUGCUUGACACCAGGAGCAAUGCCAAAGUCAAAGAAUACUCA